AUGGGCCGCUACUCGGGCAAGACGUGCCGGCUGCUCUUCAUGCUCGUGCUCACCGUCGCCUUCUUCGUGGCCGAGCUGGUCUCGGGCUACCUGGGCAACUCCAUCGCGCUGAUCUCCGACUCCUUCAACAUGCUGUCGGACCUCAUCUCGCUGUGCGUGGGCCUGGGCACCGGCCGCCUCGCGCGGCGGUCCAGCAGGGGCGCCCGCGCCACCUACGGCUACGCGCGCGCCGAGGUGGUGGGCGCGCUCAGCAACGCCGUCUUCCUGGCCGCGCUCUGCUUCACCAUCUGCGUGGAGGCCGUGCUGCGCCUGGCCCGGCCCGAGCGCAUCGACGACCCCGAGCUGGUGCUCAUCGUCGGCGUCCUGGGGCUGGCGGUCAACCUGCUGGGGCUGCUCAUCUUCCAGGACUGCGCCGCCUGGUUCGCCUGCUGCCGCGGCCGCCGCCGCCGUCGCCACCUGCAGCCGCCGCCACUGCCGGAGACCCCUGGCGCGGCGACCCCGACGGCCCCGGGCUUGGACUCGGCCGUGACCUUCCGGGGGGCCUCGGUCGAAAGGACGCAGGAGAAGGGGGCGACCGUGUUCUCAAACGUAGCAGGUGAUUCCCUGAAUACUCACAAUGAGCCCGAAGAGACUAUGAGAAAGGAGAAAAAGUCCGAAGCCCUGAAUAUCAGAGGUGUACUUUUGCAUGUGAUGGGAGACGCCCUGGGGUCCGUGGUGGUGGUCAUCACAGCCAUCAUAUUCUAUGUGCUUCCCCUGAAAAGUGAGGACCCAUGUAACUGGCAGUGCUACAUUGACCCCAGCCUGACUAUCAUUAUGGUCAUCAUCAUUUUGUCAUCUGCCUUCCCACUCAUCAAGGAGACUGCUGCCAUUCUGCUGCAGAUGGUCCCCAAAGGAGUCAACAUGGAAGAGCUGAUGAGCAAACUCUCUGCCAUGCCUGGAGUCAGCAGUGUACAUGAAGUGCACAUCUGGGAACUUGUAAGUGGAAAGAUCAUUGCCACCCUGCACAUCAAGUACCAGAAGGACAGGGGAUAUCAGGAUGCCAGCAUCAAAAUUAGAGAAAUCUUCCACAAUGUGGGAAUCCACAGUGUGACCAUCCAGUUUGAGCCUGUGGACUUGAAGGAAACCCUGGAGCAGAAGGACUUACUGUUGCAGUGCAGCUCACCCUGCAUCUCCAAGGACUGUGCCAUGCAGCUGUGCUGUCCCCCCAGGGCACUGCCUCUGGCCCAUGUCAAUGGCUGUACUGAGCACAAUGGCAGCCCCCCUCUAGCCACACACCGAAGUAAUGGCCUCAGUAGAAGAGAUACCACAGAAGUCGCUAUUGAAGUGUCUUUGGACAGCUGUCUGAGUGACCACGGACAAGCUUUUAACAAAACUCAGGAGGACCAAUGUUAUGUAAACUGCACACAUUUUUAA